AUGCUACGAAAUUACGACACACCCAGUCAGUUGCCCCUCUCGUGCUCACCACAAUCAUUGGCCACUCCCAUAUCUAUUGGUGUGUCCUCCUCUUUUAGCAGCGUUCAAGCACUUGUGAGUGUGGAAGGAGGAGGUUCUGAUGAAGGGACGUACAGACCCCAGCAGCAGGCAUCACAAGUAAUUCAACCCCCUUCCCCGCGGUCUCCCAUUGUAACUGUGCUGAAUUGGCCAAGAGAUGGAUCUUUGGGAGCUAGUGGUGCACAAGUUGGCGAUGGACUUGCUGCGCCGGUAAAUCUCCCCACACCCUCGUUACUGUUGGAUCAUAUGAGGAGUUCUGGGUACCCAGUUAUUGCUGUUGUCAGUCCUUCGGCAUCUCGUCGCGACUGUACACGGGAUGGUGGAAACAUUGACAGCCGUAGUAUAGCCUUUUCUUUUGAUCAGUUUCUUCUAGAAGGUCAACUACCAUCCCCCACCCCCUCCCAAUUCAGCACACGCUCAACACCUAUUCGCGGUGUUGCGGCGAAAGAAGUGGGAUGUUUGCUUCUGGAAGCAGGUCAUCCCACAGAUUGUGUCAUUUGUAUGUGCACGUACGGCGAUGAUCCAACUCCUAGUGAGAACCCUCAUCAAAAGGUUGAAGCUACGGAUGUUAGUGGGGAAAAUGUUAACAACACAACCACACAGUCGUCACCGACGGCGAAAGAGACCAACAAAGAAGUUGUGCCACCCAUCAGUAGUGUGAAGUUAAGCUGUAGUCAUGAGUUCCACCGCGACUGCCUGCAACGGUGGCUUUUAAACAACAAUUUGUGUCCAAUUUGCAGGCGAGAAGUUGACUCCUAA